AUGUCUGUUGUCGGUAUUGAUUUCGGUGCCCAGAGCACCAAGAUUGGUGUUGCCCGGAACAAGGGUAUCGAUAUUAUUACUAACGAGGUUUCCAACCGACAAACUCCUUCCCUCGUCGGAUUCACUGCCCGCAGCAGAGUCAUUGGUGAGGCUGCCAAGACACAAGAGACCUCCAACUUGAAAAACACCAUCGGGUCUCUUAAGCGCCUCAUUGGCCGCAGUUACAACGACCCCGAUGUCGAGAUUGAGAAGCAGUACACCAGCGCCAGCAUCGUUGAUGUCAACGGCCAGGCAGGUGUCGAGGUCAACUACCUUGGUAAGAAGGAGAAGUUCACUGCGACCCAGCUCGUCGCUAUGUACUUGACCAAAAUCAAGGAUAUCACUACCAAGGAGCUGAAGGCUAAGGUUCCCAUUUCUGAUGUCACUAUCAGUGUUCCUUCCUGGUUCACCGACAUCCAGCGCCGGGCUAUGAUCGAUGCGGCUGACAUUGCUGGUCUCAAUGUGCUCCGUCUCGUCAAUGACACCACCGCUACCGCCAUCGGUUACGGUAUCACCAAGCUCGACCUUCCCGGCCCCGAAGAGAAGCCCCGCCGUGUCGCCUUUGUCGACAUCGGCUACAGUGACUACACUGUCAGCAUUGUCGAGUUCCGCAAAGGUGAGCUCAACGUCAAGGCUACUGCUUUCGACCGUCACUUCGGUGGUCGUGACUUCGACAAGGCUCUGACUGAGCACUUCGCCGACGAGUUCAAGGAGAAGUUCAAGGUUGACAUCCGCACCAACCCCAAGGCUUACUCACGAACCAUCGCCGCCGCCGAGAAGAUGAAGAAGGUGCUCUCCGCCAACCCCCAGGCCCCUCUCAGCAUCGAAUCUUUGAUGGAGGAUGUCGACGUCCGCGCCCUCGUCAAGCGUGAGGAGCUUGAGCUCAUGGUAAAGGUCCUCCUGGACCGACUUACCGUUCCUCUGGAGCAGGCCCUUGCUGAUGCCAAGCUGGCUGUUGAGGAUAUUGACUUUGUCGAGAUGAUUGGUGGCUCCACCCGUGUUCCCGCCAUCAAGGAGACUAUUUCCAAGUUCUUCAACAAGAAUCUCUCAUUCACCUUGAACCAGGACGAGGCUAUUGCCCGUGGUUGCGCUUUCUGCUGUGCUACCCUCUCCCCUGUGUUCCGUGUCCGUGACUUCGCUGUGCACGACAUCGUCAACUACCCCAUCGACUUCACCUGGGAGCAAUCCCCCGAGAUCCCCGAUGAGGACACCAGCCUCACUGUUUUCAACCGCGGCAAUGUGAUGCCUUCCACCAAGAUCCUUACUUUCUACCGCAAGCAGGCCUUUGACCUCGAGGCCCGCUACUCCAACCCCGAAGACAUGCCCGGAAAGAUCAACCCCUGGAUUGGCCGCUUCUCCGUUAAGGGCGUCCAGGUCGAUGCCAACAACGACUUCAUGAUCUGCAAGCUCAAGGCCCGCCUUAACUUGCACGGUAUCCUGAAUGUCGAGUCCGGAUACUACGUCGAGGACGUCGAGGUUGAGGAGCCCAUCCCUGAGGAGGGUGAUGCCAUGGAUACCGAGGACAAGGGUGAGGAGCAGCCCAAGAAGACCCGCAAGGUGAAGAAGCAGGUCCGCAAGGGUGACCUGCCCAUUUCAGCCGGCACUGGCGGCAUCGACCAGACCACCAAGGACGCCCUCCAAGAGCGUGAGAACGCAAUGUAUAUGGAAGACAAACUUGUUGCCGAGACUGACGAGAAGAAGAACGAGCUUGAGGCUUCCAUCUACGAGCUCCGUGACAAGAUCGACGGUGUCUACUCCGAGUUCGCUAACGAAGACGAGAAGGAGAAGCUCCGUGCCAAGCUGAUGACCAUUGAGGACUGGCUUUACGAGGAGGGCGAGGACACCACCAAGUCCGUCUACGUUGCCAAGAUGGAUGAGAUCCGCUUCAUUGCCGGUCCCAUCAUCCAGCGCUACAAGGAGAAGGUCGAGGCUGAGCGUGAUGCCAUCCUGAAGGCCGAGGCUGAGGCAGCUGCCAAGAAGCGUGCCGAGCUCGAGGCUAAGAAGGCCGAGGAGGAUGCCAAGAAGGCUGAGGAGGCCAAGCCCGAGGGUGACGCCGAGAUGAAGGAUGCCGAUGAGGCUCAGUAG